GAGAAAGUGCCCUACUUUUGGCGUUCGAUGCGGUUCCGCAAUGCUUCAGCCUGCCAAAGACAGUGGUAUAAAUAUAAAUCGGCAUUUACUUAAAGGCAUCAGUAACUGACCGUUUCUGGCGAAGCUUUCACCAUGAGGUCCUUUCAGAUAUUCAUACUGUGUGCAGCGUUGUGUAUCGUCUCCGCUCAUCCCAUGCCGGAGGAUGAUGACGCAAACAACAAUCGUGUUGUAGGUGGUACCGAUGCUGCCCCUGGUUCAGCCCCGUACCAAGUGUCCCUCCAAGGAUUGUUCGGCCAUUCGUGCGGUGGUUCCAUCAUUGACCGCCAGUGGGUACUGACAGCUGCUCACUGCGUUCAAACCACCAGUCCAAAGCUGCUCAAGGUGCUGGUGGGCACAAAUAAGCUCAAGUCUGGUGGCCAACGGUACGGUGUGGAAAAGUUUUUCAUCCACAGCCGCUACAGCAUUCCAGCGUUCCACAAUGACAUUGCCCUGGUGAAGCUCAAAUCGACACUACAGUACAGUGAUCUCGUACAACCGAUUGUGUACUGGGAACGGGAGGUGCCGGAAAAUGCCACCCUAAGGCUGACUGGCUGGGGACGGCUAUCAGCAAUCGGAUCGAUCCCAGACAAUCUGCAAACGAUUGAUUUGAAGUACGUACCGUACGAGGAAUGUAAGCGGCUGCACGAUAACAGUCCCAACGUGGACAUUGGGCAUGUCUGCACGCUGACGAAGAAGGGUGAGGGUGCAUGUAAUGGCGAUUCCGGUGGACCGCUGGUGUACGAAGGAAAGCUGGUUGGUGUGGUGAACUUUGGUGUACCGUGCGCCAAGGGCUUUCCGGAUGCUUAUGCCCGGGUGUCAUACUAUCACGAUUGGAUUCGAACGACGAUGGCUAAUAACUCGUAGGCUUUCCUGGUGAAUGUUUCGGUUACAUCCAAUAAACACUUCACACUAUCAC